AUUUUUAAAGUUGGUAUUAUUAAAAUUAAAUAAUUUAUUCUUCUCUUUUUGUAUCUAUAGAACAAUCAGCGCAAAAUAUUCCAAUAAUAGAAGAGAUUGACCUAUCAAUAAAUGGACACUCUUAUUUAGCAAGACCAGUUCAUGAUUGCAUUAUUAUUGAUAUAAAAAACAUUGAGGAUAGCAUUUUUUCUGCCUCAGAAAAAGUUCCACAAAAUUUUCACGGUGAAUAGGAUGAGGUUUUGACGUCAGAUGUACAGUAAGUCAUUGAACCAGAAUUAGGCUAUGGAACUUUGCAAGCAUUCGAGAAUAAUAUGGAUAUGGCAGUCAUUACGGAUGAUACUAUUUUAUCAGAUGUAAACGAACAAAAGACUUUAAUGAGAAAAGAACAGGUUUCACCUUUGCAAGAAAUUCAAAAUAAAAUGGGACAAGAUUUAGGAAAUGAAGAAGAAUCUUCCAAUGAUGAGGAUCCCAGUUUUAACCCUAAUGAUGGAGAAGUAGAAAGUAGCAGCAGUGAUGGUAGAGACAAUAAGAAUACAAAAAAGAAAACAAGAAAACAUCUUAGAAAAGAAAAUUUGUGGGCAAGAAAUGUUAAAAAACAAAAAAUAAACUCUGGUCAGGAAUAUACGUCGCGACUUGGUAAGGUGCAUAGACCAAAAAGAAUUAAGCCACCCUGUAAUGAAAAUUGUUUGUACAAAUGUGCUACACACGUUUCUAAAGAAAAUAAAAUAUCCAUUUUUCAACAAUUUUAUAAGCUAUCUGAUAAAACAAGACAGCGUGAAUACCUAUUAAAGUGUAUGACAACAAGUACGCCAAAGAAGGUAGCACAAAACCCCGACAACCGUAAACAUAGAAAAAUAAACCAUGCGUACUAUUUUGAAGUCAAUUGCAAAAAUGUAAGAGUCUGUAAAUGUUUUUUUAUGGCAAUAUUAGAUAUUUUUUAUAAUAAUACCAUUAGUACUGCGAUAAAAAAGGCACCAAAUGGGUUUUUAGAAAAUGAUAUGAGAGGAACCAGAGAAAGUGGUAAUAAAACUCCCAUUAACCUAAUUAACGAUGUUGAGGACCACAUUAAUAGCUUUCCUAAAGUGGAAUCCCACUAUUGCCGAGCUAGAACUGAAAAAGAGUACAUAGAUGGUUCACUAUCUAUCUCUUCAAUGUACAAAUUUUAUAAAGAAAGAUGUGAACAAGAUCAGAAACCUUAUGUGCAAGAACCAGUGUAUGGGAAGGUAUUUAACAUCAAAUUUAAUAUUUCAUUUUUCCAACAAAAAAAGGAUCAAUGCUCAUUUUGUGUAAUAUUUGAAAAGUACAGUUCAGAAACUGAAAGGGCGCUGAAGCAGAAUGAAUAUGAUUUACACAAAGAAAAUGUGCGUAACUCGCGAUUGGAAAAAAAAAAGAUAAAAACCUAUUUAAGCUUGAAAAUGAUAUAGUUUUGGCUACCUUCGAUUUACAAGCAGUAAUGUCACUUCCAAAUGGAAAUAUUUCAACGUUUUUUUAUAAAAGUAAAUUAAACGCAUAUAAUUUUACUGUUUUUAAUAUUACAAGUAAAGAGGGUAUUUGCUAUUUAUGGAAUGAAAGUGUGGCCAAAAGAGGAGCGAUUGAAAUAGCAACUGGAGUCUAUAACUUUUUAAAAGUAUAUUGCCAGGGUAAAAAAGAUGUGAUUUUUUAUAGCGAUAAUUAAAAUAAGUUUUUGUUUUGUAUGUAUUUACAUCCUUUAAAAUCAUUAAAUAUACAAACAAUUACACAUAAAUAUCUUAUUGUUGUUCACACUGAAAACGAAGGUGACUGUGUUCAUGCUUGCAUUGAACGAGAAAAAAAGAGAGUUUUAAAGCAAGGACCUAUUUUUAUUCCAUCAGAGUUAGCCAUGAUAAUCCGAUGUGCACAAAAAAAUGCUCCUAUGUAUAUUGUAAAAGAAAUGGAGACGAAGGACUUUAUGGACUGGAAAAAGUUAUGCGACGAAACGGGUAAAAAUUUUAAUAUCAAUAAUGACGGAGAUAAAUGUAUAUGGCAGCAUGUGAAGAUGAUUCAAGUAAAUGUUAGUGAGCCAGACCUCAUUAAAUAUAAGAUGUCCUAUGUAGAACAAGAGUUUACAAAAUCAGUUAAUGUCAAAUUCCGGAUGAGAAGUCGCAGAAGAGCCUGCGAGGCCUUACAAUUAACACCUGUGUAUAACGAAUCACCCCCAAUACUUGCGAAGAGACCUACUUUCUUUGUGUGAAAGUGGAGCUAUUCCUCAAAGACAUCACCAAUUUUUUCUAAAUCUACAGGGACAUGAAAACUCCAAGGUGACAGAAGACAACGAA